GUCUGAUGCCUACGAAGCAAUUUAUGUGUCGGUAGCUUAGCUGCCUCUGAUAGUUUGGCCAACCACCUUCAACUGGGUCGCUCUGUUUCAUCUAAACUGAACGUAGAUCUUGUCCUACAGCAACAAAUUACCUGGUAUACCAAGUGUCGAGCUUGUUAUGACGGGAAAUCCAGCUUUUGUCGCUGGCGCGGCAGCUCUGGCCGUCGCUGGAGCGGUCGCUGCUGUCGUCGGUGGCAAGCGGGCCAAAGACGGCAAGGCUGACGUGUCGCCCGAUGUGGAGUUCCUGCUGGCGCGCGCGGCCGGCGGCGGCGGCGGCGGCCCCGUGACUCUGGAGCAGCUGGUGGCAGCCAUUGAGACCGUGCCGGCGGCCAGGUCGGUGGCGGCGGCGGCGGCGGCGGCCGGAGGCGGCGGCGGCGGCGCCGGGCCGCGUGGGCCGCCGGGGCGCGGCGGUGGUGGUGGCGGCGGCGCUGAGGACGGCGCGCUGACCAAGCAGCAGCUGGAGGACACCAUGAAGCAGCUGUUGGCGCCGCCGGGAGGCAUGAGCGGCGGAGACCCGGACCAGAGCCCGCUGGAGCGGUUCACACAGGACAUGACGGCCUCUGCCCGCGCCGGCAAGCUGGACCCGGUGAUUGGGCGUGACGACGAGAUCCGCCGCAUGAUGCACAUCCUGUGCCGCCGCACAAAGAACAACCCGGUGCUGGUGGGCGAGACGGGUGUGGGCAAGACGGCGCUGGUGGAGGGUCUGGCGCAGCGCAUUGUGGCGGGCGAUGUGCCGUACAGCCUCAUGGGGUGCCGCGUGGUGGAGCUGGACGUGGGCUCCCUGACUGCGGGCGCCAUGAUGCCUGGCGAGUUCGAGGACCGACUCAAGGCAGUGCUGCAGGAGGUGGCUGCCUCCCGCGGCCGUGUGCUCCUGUUCAUUGACGACAUACACAACCUGGUGCCGGCCAUGGGGCAGCAGGGUGCCACCAUGAUGGACGGCGGCUCGUUGCUGAAGCCCUUCCUGUCGCGCGGUGAGCUGCGCUGCAUCGGCGCCAGCAGCACCGACAAGUUCAAAAAGACCAUUGAGAAGGACCCGGGACUGGAGCGCCGCUUCCAGCAGGUGUUUGUGGACCAGCCCAGUGUGCCCGUCACCAUCUCCAUCCUGCGCGGGCUGCGGCCGCGCUACGAGCAGCAUCACGGCGUGUCGGUGGGCGAGGACGCGCUGGUGGCGGCGGCGCAGCUGUCGGCGCGCUACAUUGCCGGCCGCUUCCUGCCCGACAAGGCCAUCGACCUCAUGGACGAGGCCACCGCGCAGGUCAAGAUGGAGAUGACGCUGCGGCCCACUGCGCUGGACUCUCUGGAGCGGCGGCUGAAGCAGCUGCAGGCGGAGGCGGGCCAGCUGGCCAAGAAGGCGGCGGGCGGGCAGGACAAGACGGCGGCGGCGUGCCUGGAGGAGAUACAGGAGGAGGUCGACACCCUGCAGCAGCAGCGGGACGAGCUGGCGGCGGUGUGGAAGGCGGAGCGGGACGCCUCACUCAAAAUGGAGGAGCUGCAGAUGCGGCAGAACUACAUCGGGGCGCAGAUCGAGCGGCUGGAGGAGGCGCUGGAGAAUGGAGACCUGGAGGAGGAGGAGGACAGGGAGUAUGAGGACGACGAGUACGGCGUGGGGGCGGGCCCCGGCAGUGGCGGCGGCGCGGACGGCGGCGGCGGCCGCGGCGGCGGCAGCUCCGCAUUCCCCUCCGGGCCCGGAGCCAUGCUGGCGCACCUACGUAGCCAGGCUGCGGAGAUUGAGACGGCUUUGGCGGCGGCGCGUGCGGAGGAGGAGGCGGCGGCGGCGGCGGCCGCGGGCCCGGGCAGCGGCGGCGCCGCCGGCGGCAACGGCGGCGCUGGUGCCGGCGGCGGCGGCGGCGGCGGCGGCCGGGGUCUGGGCAGCGGUCCGGGUGGUCGUCUGGUCCGCAACACAGUGGGCGAGUCGGACAUCGCCGCGGUCAUCAGCAGGUGGACGGGCAUCCCGGUCACCAAGCUGGUGGCCAGUGAGCGCGAGCGGCUGCUGGGCCUGCAGUCGGAGCUGCACCGGCGCAUCAUCGGGCAGGGCGAGGCCGUGGACGCCGUGGCGGAGGCGGUGCAGCGCAGCCGGGCUGACGUGGCCGACCUCAGCGGCCCCAUCGCCAGCUUCAUGUUCCUGGGGCCCACGGGUGUGGGCAAGACGGAGCUGGCCAAGGCGCUGGCGGCCUACCUGUUCAACACCGAGGAGGCCAUGGUGCGGCUGGACAUGUCGGAGUACAUGGAGAAACACGCCGUGUCACGACUCAUCGGCGCGCCGCCGGGCUAUGUGGGGUAUGAGGAGGGCGGCAUGCUGACGGACGCGGUGCGGAGGCGGCCCUACAGCGUUGUCCUGUUCGAUGAGAUCGAGAAGGCGCACGUGGACGUGUUUAACGUCCUGCUGCAGAUCCUGGAUGACGGCCGGAUCACGGAUGCACAGGGCCGCACUGUCUCUUUCAAGAACACGGUCAUCAUCAUGACCUCAAACCUGGGCAGUGCCGAGAUCUUCUCUCACGUGGCGGGCGUGGAGGUGGAGGGCGGCGCCAGCGAGGCCGAGAAGAAGGUGCUGGAGAAGGCCAAGAGCGCCAAGGAGUCAAAGGAUGCCAAAGACGCCAAGGACGCUAAGGAUGUUAAGAAUGCCAAGGAGGAGAAGGUGGCUGAGGGAGCGGGCAAGGGCGCGGCGAACGGCGGCGACGCGGCAGGUGCUAUUGGCAACGGGAGUGCUGCUGGGGAAGUGGAGGAGGACAAGGCGGCGGCGGCGGCGGGCGGCGGCGGCAAGCGCGGCGACCGUGCGGCGCUGAAGGAGGCGGUGAUGGAGCACGUGCGCGCGCACUUCCGGCCAGAGUUCAUCAACCGUGUGGACGAGUUCAUCACCUUUGACCCGCUGCAGCCCGACCAGAUCAAGCAGAUCGUGCUGCUGAGGGCGCAGAAGCUGGUGGCGCGUCUGGAGGAGCGGCGCAUGAGGCUGGUGCUCACGGACCCGGCGGUUGAGUACCUGGCGGGCAAGGGCUACGACCCGGCCUACGGCGCCCGGCCCGUCAAGCGCGCCCUGCAGCGGGAGCUGCAGACGCACCUGGCGCAGGCGCUGCUUCGCUCCGAGUUUGUGGAGGGCGACAUCAUCACCGUCACUCUGCGACCCGACGGCGCCGGACUGGCCCUGGCGCGCAGCGGCUCCGUGCCGCCCACACCCAAGGCGGCAGCCAAGAAGGCGGCGGCGGAGGCGGCGGCCGCAAAGGCGGAGGCGGCAAAGGCGGAGGCGGGCGCGAAUGGGCAUGUGGCGAACGGCGGCUCGCAUUGAGGGAUGGUGCAAGGGGGGUGCCACUGGAGCGGCGCGGCUGGCGAGGGGGUGGCGGAUGAGGAGGCGGCAGCGUUUGUGUGUUUUGGGGAUGGGGGCGAGGGGAGGCGGGCAGCUGAAUGACUGGAGCGUGUGCGCUGUGGGACCGAGGUGGCAGUUGAAGGUUUUGGAGCGGGGUGUUGAUGGGGAGGGAGGCGGGUGUGCGGUGGGGUCGGGGCAGUGGGCAAUGAGCCCCGGCCGCGUGGUGGAGCGACCGACGGGCGGGACGACCGACGCGCUGCUGACUGACUGACGGGCCCGACGGGCUGCAGCUAGUCGUACUGUCUGGGUGUGCGAUGGGACAGUGGUAAGGCAAGUCCCGUAGUCGUACUGUCUGGGCAGGAGUCGUAGGGUAGGAGUCGUAGAGGACUGGGCGGCCUCGGCCCUGUAACGGCCACAUGUU